AUGCGAUUCUUUUCAGGCAGUUGGCGACAUCAUGAUCUUAUUCCUUAUGACGAUGAUGUUGAUUUUUUGGUUUCAUUCGAUCAUAAAACUCGUUUAUUUCAGCAGAUAAAUUCGUCAGCAGUGUUAAGCCAUGUUAUUAUCUCCGGUGUAUGUAAAAUAUAUUUCGCUGGUGCUUCGAAAGCUGGAAAACAUAAGUGGAAUUGGCCAUUCUUGGACAUAUGGUUUUAUCGUGAAAAUAGAACACAUAUCUGGUAUGAUGGAGAUGACUGGAAAUCUUUGGUUAUUAAAAAGCUGGACGUGUUUCCAUUGGUGCUGAGACCAUUAGGUACAGUGUGGAUACCAUCACCACGCAAUUACACUGGGUAUCAUUCGUCUAUUAGAAAAGAUACUAACGAUUCAACUCUCAGUUAUUGUAUACAAAAUGGAUAUUCACAUCGUACAGAAAGUCAAUUGGCAAAAGUUACAGUCCGUUGUACAGAACUGAUGAAUGCUUAUCCAUUUGUGAUGCGAACAUGUACACAAGUCAAAUGUCUAGAGGAAUUAAAAUUAGGACAUCAGACAUUAUACAUAUUACGAGUAGAUAAUGGUAGAACAUUUAAGCAAACAACAACAGCGAGUUUUUAA